AAUGUUCAGUAAGAGAUACGAGUACGUGCGUGGAUCACCAGAUUUCCGAGUCCAGUUGGCCUCUGACGAUCAAAACGUGUCAAUACAUAAUAAUAUAAAUAUAUAGCAUAGAUGUGAAUAUUAAUUAUCCAGCUAUAUUCCUGAUAUAUAUAUAUACCUUUAUACGCCAAUAUUGCUUUACACAUUUUCUAGAUUUUUUAAAAGUUUAAACUUUGUCGGAAGCAAGAAAACAAAAUGUUGGUGCAACAAGCCGCAAGACGUGCCUUUUUCAGUAAUGGUGUCUACAAUAAAAAUACUGCACUUAAGCUCAUUGCCUGCUAUUCCACCAGCGGUAAGCCGGCUAAAGGUAAAGUAUAUACAAAUGCUGCAGAUGCGGUAGCCGAUAUCAAAGAUGGAUCCAAAAUUCUGUUCGGUGGUUUUGGUAUAUGUGGUAUUCCCGAGAAAAUGAUUGAGGCCAUCAGGCAGAAGGGCGUCAAAAAUUUAACUGCGAUUUCCAAUAAUGGAGGUGUUGAUGAUUUUGGUUUGGGUUUACUUCUAAAAUCACGUCAACUCAGCAAAAUGGUGUGCUCAUAUGUGGGCGAGAAUGCCGAUUUGGCCAAGCAAUACCUAAGCGGUGAAUUGGCAGUGGAAUUAACACCUCAAGGAACUUUGGCUGAGAAAAUUCGAGCUGCUGGUGCCGGUGUUCCCGCAUUCUUCACACCUACUGGUUAUGGUACUUUAAUACAAGAGGGUGGAGCUCCCAUUAAAUACGCCAAGGAUGGCUCAGUUGAGAUUGCCAGCAAACCGAGGGUUGUGCAGGAAUUCAAUGGCAGGCAAUAUGUAAUGGAAGAAUCCAUAUUUGCCGAUUAUGCCAUUGUGAAGGCCCAAAAAGCUGAUCCUUUGGGAAAUUUGGUGUUCAACAAAUCCGCGCGCAACUUUAAUGCCCCCAUGUGUCGUGCCGCCAAAAUCACCAUUGCCGAAGUGGAAGAAAUUGUUCCUGUUGGUUCCUUGGAUCCCGAUCAAAUACAUAUUCCUGGUAUUUAUGUCAAACGCUUGUACAAGGGCACCAACUAUGAGAAACGCAUCGAAAAAUUGCGCAUCACCGAAUCCAGCAGCGACAAAAAGGGCGAACCAUCUGCCGCCCAGGCCAUACGUGAACGUAUUGCCAAGCGCGUUGCCAUGGAAUUCCGUGAUGGCAUGUAUGCCAAUUUGGGCAUUGGCAUUCCAGUACUCUCCUCCAACUAUAUUCCCAAAGGCAUGAAUGUGAUGCUGCAAUCGGAGAAUGGUAUUAUGGGCUUGGGUCCCUUCCCCACUAAAGACAAAGUUGAAGCCGAUUUAAUUAAUGCUGGCAAAGAAACUGUGACUGUUGUGCCCGGUGCCUCAUUCUUUGGUUCUGACGAUAGUUUUGCCAUGAUUCGUGGUGGUCACAUGGAUUUGACCAUAUUGGGUGCCAUGGAAGUAUCGGCCACCGGAGAUUUGGCCAAUUGGAUGAUACCCGGAAAACUAGUCAAAGGUAUGGGUGGUGCCAUGGAUUUAGUAGCUGCUCCGGGCACAAAAGUUAUUGUCACCAUGGAACACAAUGCUCGCAAUGGUUCUCCCAAGAUCUUGGAAAAUUGUUCACUGCCUUUGACUGGUAAGGCUGUGAUUGAUUUAAUAAUCUCCGAAAAGGCUGUCUUCGAAGUUGAAAAGGGAGUUGGCCUUACUCUUAUCGAAGUUGCUGAAGGCUUCACCGUUGAUGAUAUUGUUGCUUCUACUGGUGCCAAAUUCAAAGUAUCCCCCAAUGUUAAGAAAAUGUCCCAAAUCGAUGCUUAAGUUUAAAUGUUUUCCCCCUCCAUUCGUAUGUUGACCAUAGACAACAAAUUGAGAUAUUACUAUUAGAGCGCUGUAUUCCUCAGAACAAUAAUUUUAAGCUAAAAGAAUUUUUAAACAAGUCAUUGUUUGUUUGUUAUAAUAGUGAUUAAAUUAAUUAUUGUACAUAUGUACAUAUCUAACAUCUUCUAGGGUGUGCAAAUCGGAAUUGAUUGAUCUGGCUGGAGAUAAAACAGAAUUCAAUUCAAUUUUAUCAAAUUAUACGCUAAAAGUGUACAAAAAUCUGCAUUUAUUUUUUGAGAAACAUAAAUAAAAUUUGAACAAAUGUUGAACUCCCCAUAAAGAAAUAAGAAAUUUGUUAAUAAUUUUCACAAUAAAAUAGUAAAAAAAGCUGUCAGUUUCGUUUGAUCAAUAGACCAUCACACAAUC